CUCCCGAUUGCCAGCUUCAGCCACACCCGUUUAACCCCUCUGCCUCCGCCGCCUCGUUUUCCAUUCAUUAGAUGGACAGCAACCCCCUCUCGCGCCGAGCGUCGUCGGCAGAGUCGCACACCCCCUCCACCACAACCGCGAACGCCUCCACGCGGCACAUCCUCGCGGGCAUGCACCCUGAGCCGUCCAUGUCGCUCCCGAAGCUCGAGCCGCCCGCGCUGGCGUCCCCAGGCUCGGGCGGCAACCUCGGCGCGAACUACAUCCCGUCCAAGUUUUCAGAGAUCGCGGGCAUCAAGCGGCGCAAGGGCAAGGGCGCGCCGCAUGUGACGAAGCGCGGGGGCGGGCGCGAGGCGUUCAGGGCGGACGAGGCGCGCAUGCCCGGCGCGGGCGACGAGGACUACGACGGCGUCGGCGGUGGCUGGCUGGGCGGGCAGGGCGCCGGCCGGAAAAUGCGCUGGAACAAGUUCAAGUGGACUCUGUUCUUCGGGAACCUCUUGCUGUCUAUCUACUCGCUCGUCGGCCUCAUCUUCUGCCUGCUCACCUGGUUCGCGGUGUGGACGCACUCGGACAUUGUGCGCGUCGGCGACCGGACGGAGCUCGUGCUCUCCACGCUCGCCGCGACGCUCGGGAUCGUGACCUCGCUCAUCGGGUGGGCGGGCAUCCUGCUCAACGACCGCGCGUUCCUCGCGUGGUACACGUUCCUGCUCUGGGUGUGCUUCGCGCUGCUCGUCACGCCCGGGUACGUCGCGUACAAGCGCAAGACAUUCAACCUCGAGGGGAAGACGAACGCGCAGUGGUCGCGCGCGCUGGGCACGGAGGGGCGGCUGCGGAUCCAGAACCAGCUCGGCUGCUGCGGGUACUUCAGCCCGUUCAUCGAGGCGACGGUGAGCCAGGCGUGCUAUGCGCGGAGCAUACUGCCCGGGUGCAAGGGCCCGUACAUGCGCUUCCAGAGGAAGGUGCUCGAGCGGUGGUACACGGUCGCGUUUGCGCUCGUGCCGCUGCACAUCGCGGUGAUGGUCAUCGGCCUGCUGUGCUCGAACCACGUCACGUACCGCUUCGGCAAGGGCAUGAUGCCCAAGGCGUACCGGCUCAACCUCGACACGAUGGCGGUCAUCAUGGAUCAGUAUGCAAAUCAGCUGGCGGAGCAGUACGGACCGGACGUCGCGUCGGAGAUCAUCUCCCGCUCGCGCUCGAACCUGCAGCUGGACGCGAUGCCCACCGUCGGGUACACGAGCGGCAACGACAGCGGCAAGUACGACCGGCUGCGCAACCGGUGAUAUCCCCGUCUUCCUGGAACGCGCUUUCUCGCGCCCGAGUCGUUCGUCCCGUAUAUUAUAUAAUUUCGUACAGUAGUUUCACUCCUUAGUCCCCCCCUCCCCCGUCCCACCCAUCGAUACCCC